AUGGCGAUUUUUGAAAAAUCUUUGCAAAGCAAGGUUCGAAUAGAUGACACUGAUACGCUAGUAUGUCUCUUAGAAAAUGCCCAGAGUAUCAACAAACAUACUGAAUAUAUUUUACGAGUACAAAAAGGACCAAACAAGGAAAAAACCUGCGUCUCACGUAGAUACAGGGAUUUUGCGGUUUUGAAUACAAAUCUGCAGCAAGCAAACAUAGAUCUGCCCAUUCCACCAAAGAAGCUUAUUGGAAACAUGCAGCCAUCGUUUGUAGCAGAACGACAAAUAGCUUUACAGAAUUAUAUAAAUGAAGUUUUAAAACAUCAAAUACUAGCUCUAUCACUUCCAGUAAGAAGUUUUUUGGAUCCAAAUAAUUACUCACUUUCAAUAGCAGAGCAAGCUUUACAGACAGUGUCAAUAGCUUUAAGGGGCAGUGGACAAUUUGAUCUUAAAUCACCUCUACCAGAUAUUGGUUGGAGAAUAAGAAAACAAUACUUUUUAGUCAAUGAAUCUGAAAGUGGAUCGAACUGUAUAUUAUCAUAUCAGAGCUAUGGACCCGAUCACUGUCUUCAUGUUAAAGACCUGCAGGCUGCCUUCAAAAGCUUGCAGAAUAUAUCACAUCCGUACAUAGCGGACAUAUUAGCAAUGAACACGUUAGAAACUGGCGCCUACGUUGUAAGACGGAUAUACAAGAAUGGUAGCUUCAGAGAUCUAUUAUAUGGAACAGAGUAUAAUAAAAAUCAUCUGGCUAAAUAUGGCAACCCGAAGACGAGGAAGCCGUUCACCAACGGUCAGAUAUCACACUACGGAUACCAAAUAUUACAGGCGUUGAAGUUUUUACACAGCAAGGGCUUACCACACGGUCACGUACACCCCGGCAACAUAACCGUUGACAACCAGAGCGCUCUGCUAUUGGAUAUAGAGAACAUGUUGCUGGGUGUACCAAGCUUGUACCGGCCGUACGUACUUGAUGUGAGGAGAGCUAACACUAUGGAGUCAGUGGACGUGUAUUGUUUUGGGAGGACUUUAUACGAGAUGGCCUUCGCGACGCCGCUACAACAAUACUACUGUGACGAUUACCCUGAUAAUAUACCGCAAGAUUUGGAAUCGGUGUUAAGGUUGUGUUUGUCGAGCGGAUCCUGCAAACAAGACCUCCCGACCUUGGACACCCUGUUACACCAUCCACUGUUCACGCGAGCGACGCUCAACGGCCUUACACCACGGUGUGAUAGGCGGCCGCAUCUGAAGUUCCCUUUGAACAUUAAAGAACAGAUUAAAACAGCGGUCGGUGUUGUUGAAGACAGGAUACAGGCGGAUCAGAAGGCCGUCCGCGCCGCUAGAAAAGAAGUGAGAAUACAAGAAAUACUCAACUCAGAAGAAGAAAUGAAAAAACAGAAGAAGCGAGCGAAAAAGCGUUCGAGUGUGUGGAAGUCAAGUUCGUCGCUGGCGGAGGCUAGUCGUAGCGCCAGUGGAGCCUCCUCGCCCACACUCACACCCAUACCAAUCGACACGAGUGCAAACAGCUCGUUCCGUGCAGAUUCAAGUCUGAACACAGGCAACACCGCUGACAAUACACCCAGUAAUGGCGCGACUCUUCCCCCUGGCAGCUCUGCCAGCUCACGCGGAGCUCUUCUCAGUGACAUUUGUUCGUUCGACCGGAGCCGACUGUCGCGAGUGACGUCAUCGUUAUCAUAG